AUGAUUCGACAAUCUCUUGUCGAUGAGCGCAUAUCAGAUCUUCAUCAUCAUACGCUUCAGUCAUCUAAAGGUAGUGAUGGUGACAUGUCGAAAGCUGCAUCUCGUCGAUUACCACCGCCGCCUGCAUCUCGUUUAGUUAUUAAAAAAAACGCAUCCUUGAUACCAACAGGCACCCAGCCAACUGCCAAUACGACGCUGACAACAUCUUCACCGGCACCACCGAUUGAUCCGCGUUCGCGUAUAGAAUUACUCGAAAGAAAUCUUCGCUAUGUUCAACAACAACAUGAAAUAACUCUUGUUGAUCUGCAUAAUGAAAUCAGUAAACUUCAACAAGAGAACCGAGAGCUUCAUUUCCGUAUGGCAAAUAUUCGUGUACCGUCAGGAUCGGAUGAUAAGCAGAGAAAAACGGAAGUUCAACCGAGUAUUAAUGAAUUAGCUAAUCUAACACAAAAUGAACCAGUUCUUGAAAAACGUUUACAAGAAGUACAACGUGUUCAUUUCGAACAGCAAAUUAACGAACUUCGAACACAAUUGAUUGAAACUGAACAAAAAAAUGAAUAUUUAAUGCGUCGAAUCGAUGAAAUGAAUAAAACAACAUUAGGUCAAACACCGCAAAGAAUUGCAUCUGGUGUACCAGUAUUAUUACCAGAUCCCAACAUAACUUCGGACAAUACAAUCAAAUCGGAGCAAACACAAAUGUCGGAAACUGAUCAUCAACGGCUCCUUGAACUGUCAUAUGAAAAACAAAGAUUCUACAUACGAGAAAUUGCGAGACUACGAGCUGUAUUACGUGAAUUAAUUCAUGCUGAACGGUUAAGUUCAACAUCAAAAAUACUUGUUCGUGAUUGUCUAGCAUCGACUAGUAUUAGUGAAAGUUCCACAGCAGAUCCAACUGAAGUAUCUCAUGCGAAUGAAAAUCAUUCACGAUACAUAAAUUCAUCAUCGACAACUGAUAAAUCUGCUGGAUAUCGUCAUGAAUUACCACUUCGGCGUGUUAAUCUUUCACCAUCUCACAUUGUGACACCAAGAUCAAACGGUCAACGUCGUUCGUCUGAACAUCGUUUAGUUCUCCCUCCAAUUACAUCAGAUAAAGCUGGUGGUAAUGGUGCAGUAGACAAUUUCUUGAAUUCUGAACUACAGCAAGCGACAUACAAGUUUGGUGAAACACCAAUUGCAAGACGAGGCCGACGUACUCAGGAAUUGCAAAGAACACGAUUAGCAAGAAAUUUUUACCAUUGA